GUAAUGGGCAUUUUUGCCAUUCGCCCUAAAAUAUAAUUAGGGAGUAAUUUAUGUUAUAAUUAUUAUGAAAAUCCUUGUGAUUGUGUUUUAAACAAUUACUAAUCUUGAUUCAAAUUAUAUUCAUGUAAUAUAAUAAAAUAUUUGAUAUAGUGUAUUUCAUUCAAAUUCAUACGUUUGACUCUAGCAUUGAAACUACUUGCCUUAAUAUAUAGGUGCAGAAGGAAUUGAUGGAUAAUCAAAAUUAGAGAUCAGAUAUUAUUACGCUAAUUUAUUGGAAGAAAUUCAUGAAUGGAAACAAAUAAAAUAAUUUUUUAGGGUUUGACUCGGAAACUUUAUUGGAGUAAUUGUAUUGUAAUCUCGUCCAAAUUAGAAAAUAUACACUAUUUCCACAAUGUUCAAAUUCUUCUCACCAUCAACGUAUACAUAUACAUAUUUAUCUAUAUCUAUAUAUAUAUGUAUAGAUGCAUAUUCAAGAAUCAUUCCAUCAAAUAUGAGUUUCAUCAUCACUUCAUUUCUAGGUCUCAUCUGCAUACUCAAUUUUCAUCAAUUUCUCAAAGCCGAAAAGCUCGAUGUAUACAUCGUCCAUGUCGAUCCUUCACAUUCCGACGAUCUCGAUACGUUUUACGAUUCAUUCUUGCCGACGAUUACCAAUGUAGCUGCCGACUCAACCAAUAGUACUACCGACCGGCCGAGAAUACUGCACCGCUACCGCCACGUGUUUUCCGGUUUCGCCGCCAAAUUAUCCGCAGCCGAUGUCGAAGCAAUGCGGCUGAAGAAGGGUUUCGUCUCGGCCCGGCCAGAAAGGGUGUUGCGUCUGCUCACCACGCGUUCUCCCAGUUUCUUGGGGUUGAACCAAAACACGGGCUUAUGGAAAAACUCCAACUACGGCAAGGGCACCAUCAUCGGCAUGGUGGAUCUCGGAGUCGAGCCCAGCCACCCGUCCUUCGCCGACGGGGGGAUGCCGCCGCCGCCUGCGAAAUGGAAGGGCGAGUGUCAGUUCCGCGCCGGCAAGGGGGCAUGCAACAAUAAGCUGAUCGGAGCUAGAUUCCUCGUCCCUGAAAUUUCGCCACCGACCGACAUAGAAGGCCACGGCACACACACCUCCAGCACCGCCGCCGGGAACUUCGUCGCGGGCGCCGGAUUCUUCGGCAACGCCAACGGCACUGCCUCUGGAAUCGCGCCGCUAGCUCACCUGGCGGUGUACCAAGCGUGCGAAAACACGACCAGCUGCCCGGAGAGUGCUAUCGGCGCCGCCAUUGAUGCCGCCAUCGACGACGGCGUCGACAUACUCUCGAUGUCCCUCGGAGGGCAGCUUCACCCCCGCUUCGCCGACGAUGUUCUCGCGGUCGGCGCUUACAGGGCCAUGGAGAGGGGUAUUAUCGUCAGCGCCGCUGCCGGUAAUGCCGGCGGGUCCAGUAGUGUGACUAACGAGGCCCCGUGGUUUAUGACAGUCGGAGCCAGCACCACCGACCGGAGAAUAACCGUCACCGCGGUUCUCGGAAACGGCGAGCAAAUAGACGGAGAAACCGGCAAGGGUUUCCCCUCUAUCGAAAAGUUAGAACUUGUUUACCCUCGAGGUCGCGGCGGAAAUAGAGCUUGUCUUGGCCAGUUGGACCCCAAUAUUAGAGGAAAGAUAGUUGUGUGCCAAAAUGGUCUUCUAGUUGACGGAAUCGGGUCCGGAAUGGCGGUAAAAGCUUAUGGUGGGGCCGCUGUGAUUAUAUUGAACACCAAAUAUGAAGGUGACACCACUUACGAUGAUCCGAACGUUCUUCCAGCAAUGCAAGUCGGUUAUGUAGAUGGCCUCAAGAUAAUCGAAUAUUUGGAUUCGACUCCAAAUGCCACGGCCGCAAUGUUGUUUAAAGGAGCUGUUAUAGGUAACAAUCAGGCUCCAGUUGUGGCUGAGUUUUCCUCAAGGGGUCCUAGUCGGGUCACUCCAGGUAUUUUGAAGCCGGAUAUUAUUGGUCCUGGAGUUAACAUUCUUGCAGCCUGGCCCGUUUCUGUUGAAAACCCAACCAACACAAAGUCCAGAUGGAACAUAAUCUCGGGUACGUCAAUGUCGUGCCCUCAUCUCAGUGGGGUCGCAGCAUUGCUCAAAAGCGCGCAUCCUGAUUGGUCGCCUGCGGCCAUCAAGUCAGCAAUCAUGACCACUGCGGAUCAAGUGAACAUCAAAGGCAAUCCGAUCGAGGAUGAACAAUUGCAUACCGCCGAUGUCUUUUCUAUUGGUUCGGGCCAUGUUAAUCCUACACAGGCAAAUGAUCCGGGCUUGGUUUAUGAUAUCUCGCCAGACGAUUAUAUCCCUUAUUUGUGUGGCUUGAACUACACGAACCAGGAAGUCGGCAUCAUUGUUGGGCGUAAGGUGGAUUGCGCGAAAGUGAAAAGCAUUCCCGAGGCUCGAUUGAAUUAUCCCGCGUUUUCGAUUGUACUAACGGGACCGACUAAUCAAUUUUUCGCGACUACGAGAACAUUGACAAACGUCGGUAAGCCUAAUUCAUCGUAUCACGUUGAGAUUGGUUCGACGGCUGAGGGUGUUUUCGUGGAAGUGAAACCCGAGGUACUCUUCUUUCAAAAGUUGGGCGAUAAACUGAGCUACAAUGUAACGUUCACCGUAAUAAGAAGUACCAGAAAGGUGACGAAUACUACUACUCAAACUCAAGGAUUUAUUGCGUGGACUUCUGCCGACUACUCUGUUAGAAGUCCCAUAGCAUUUGUAAUUUAAUUUCCAUUAUUUUUAAUUAUUAUUUUUUCGGUGAUGGAUGACAUUUUUCUUAAUAAAAAUCAAUAAGGACUAGAUUGCAAAUUUUUCUUAAGGAGUUCAACUUUUAUCUACUUUUUUUUUUUUUUUUGAAUUGAUGCUUCUGGUGAAGUUUAUUACACUGCAUGGACAGUAAAAAUGGCUGUUGGGCUCGAUAUUUAAAUUCAAUUGUU